AUGAGUGCGCUUCCAGUCACUGAGGCUCGUUUGGAAUACUUGGUCAUCAUCGGAGGUGAUAGGCCUGGCAUACACCACACAUGGCCCACACUGUGUUGCGGACAUUCCUCUCCACCGCUUCCAGUGGUCAUCCAGUGCUUAUCGUCAUCGGAGGCUAAGAUGGUAGAUGAGCAAUUACAGUCUAUCUUGCACCCAGCCCCACACAAUCCACAUUCGAUCGUCGUUGGAAACCGUAUAGGCAUACACCGUACAAAGGAAUCUGCGAUAAGUGCUCUCCGAGGUUUCCUCUUUCCAUGCUGGGGAGAGACAUCUAUGUUUCGGGAUGCACUAGCGUUCAUGAUUGCCAAGGGCAUUGAUGAUCUUCUAUCAGAAGUUCAAGGGUAUAAAGGUAGUGGCCCUAACAUGGUAUGGGCUGGUGACGUCAAGCCCUCCCCUAUCAUCUAUAGCUAUGUGCGCAACUUGCACGGUGUCAUAGAAAGUCGAUUCUAUCAGUCAGAUUGUGUUCCCCCUCCUAAGCCUGCCGCUGAGGUUCUCGGAGUCCACACACUAAAGUAUUUACAGGCUCAUGGUUACGUUCAGUCAGCCGUCGCGAGUAUUGUGGAACUCUACUUAACCUCACACACUGAGCAGGAUUUUGCUCUCGCGCUUGCACGGCUUGGCCUCCCUCUUGCAGAAGGGUUCUUUUUGUGGUACCUGUUUAAUUUGUAGUCUCAUCGUUAUGCAACUUAAAGGGGAUUGGUGGUUUGCAUUUUCGUACUGCAAUGUUUGUUGAAUGCGCCUCUGGCAUCUGUACUCCCGC